AUUCUUGACAAAUAAAAUGCGCGAAGCUUUGGAGGCCUGCGGCGAGUUCUUGAGCCGCAUCGGCGCGCUGGAAGGCGCUAAUGGUACUUACUCUGCUCUACAUCAUCUUCUCCACUCUUUUGUGCCUCUAUUUAUUGCCUUCUCACUGUGGAUCACCCUCUCCUUCCUCAGCCAUCGCCGAGAUCCUGCACAAAAUGGGUGAAGAGCUGUCCGAGUCGAGUCCGUUCCGCUGGCGAGCGCUGUUCGCCGCCAUCCGCCAGGAACUGGAGGCCGACCCCAUGGACGUCGUAUUCCUGUUCGAACGGCUGCUUCAACUGAACGCUACGAUGCCCUCUGGUCCCAGCCAAGCGCUAUUCAACUCGCCGCUCUUUUUCCACUUAUUGGUUGAAAGAUUCGCAGUUGCUUUUGAAGGCCUGGACGCAGAGUUAUUCAAGUUGGAGAGUGACGAGCUGUGCCAUGCCGAGGGCAUCUACGAGACGUGUGUGCUGAUCCAAGACAAGAUCGAAGAGAGUGAUACGGAGUCGGGGCUGAAGAAAUUCCUGGCGACGUUUAAGAGGAUCUUUGAGCAGGAUGAACCAAAGGAUUGCUGGGAGGCUUUUCGUGAGCUGUACCACUUGAACGACGCUUCUUUCCGACGUGAUAUGACGCGUGCAUUGUGCAUGAUUGAGUCCGUCACGCUGGGCCCCACGAAGCUCGAGCUCGCCUUCCCAACCAAGGCGCCGGAGGGCCCAAAAAUAAUCGUGCCACGUGCGCUGCUGGAGAAGCGAUUCGGAGGAACUCGACGGGAAUGGCGAGAUCUCUCGCAGUUUAACUCCCUCCCGGGAGCAGACAUCGGCCAGAUAGCAAACAAUGAGUCUCAGCAACAGCAGCAGGGCCAUGAACAAACCCAGGAGCAAGAACAAGAGCAACACAUUCCAGACCCCAGUAACUCUGGUAAUGAUGCCGCCGCAGCGCUACCUCUCCCUUCUGAAGCUCAGGACUGGGUUUGGUCAACGCGCGUUCCAUUCUCUUGUAACUUUGCAAUUGAGUUAUCUAAGCUAAGCUCUCAGAAACUAACUUAUUAUUUCAUUACUUGACCUAGUGAAUGGAGAAUCGACGGAGUCUGUGCACUCCGACAUUUCAGAAGAAGAGCCCGAAGAGCGCCCAGCAUCGUCAAGACCCCCUCGAACAGCAGAAGUUGCCAGAGCUGCUCGUCAAGAAGGUCGCCGCGCAGUUCCUCGUAGAAGGAUGACAAGAGAAGAAAGCAUUGCCAUCGUUAAUCCUGUUCCAAAUGAACGUCAAGGUGGCAGACGCAAAAGAGUGCGUUGGUCGGAAGAAGAGGAAGCAGCGCUCAUCAUGGGCUACCGACUGUACGAGUCGUACUCGAAUGUGUGGGUUCUGAUCAAGUCCAAGUUCCCUGAGGUGCUCCGGCAUCGAUCCAACGUUGACUUGAAGGACAAAUACCGCAACUUGGUCAGAUACGGCAAGAUCCCGCAAGCCAACGACACUGGAGCUACAGACAACGACGCGACCGACGAUAACGCUGGCCCUGAAGACCACAACUAACGUCUUGAUGUUGAAAUUUGAGUUUCAUUUGUUUACAAACUAAAAACAAUCAGACGGAGAAGUCUGAAAAUCCAAACAAACGCACUCGACUUCGUUUCUCCGCUUCCACUCACCAAUUUUACCCCAUCGU